UGUGUUUAGUGUGCGUAAGUGGAGGGAGGGGCAGUUUCUUUUGGGCACCGGUCUGUCGUUUGAUGACAUCGUACUGAGCGCUGAGCGUCGCAUAUCUGUAAACGCUGUUCGUUACUGCCUCGUUACUGUGUACUUUUCGAUAGAUUAAACAGUGCAUAAAGUUUAAAGCAUGUCUUCGAUACUUGUGCCUGAAAUUCCUGCGCCUGGAUUUUCUUUUGAUCUCUGUCGAAGAAACAAUUUUUUGAUAAAGAAAGGGUUUCAACCACCUAAAGCUGUAAAAACAGGAACAACUAUUGCUGGGGUUGUUUAUAAAGAUGGAGUCGUUCUUGGCGGUGACACAAGAUCAACGGAAGACACCAUAGUUGCUGAUAAAAACUGUAGCAAAAUUCAUUUUCUUGCAGAUAAUAUAUAUUGCUGUGGUGCAGGAACUGCUGCUGAUACUGAAAUGACAACUCAGAUGAUAUCCAGUCAGUUAGAGUUACAUCGGUUAAAUACUGGUCGUCUAGUACCUGUUUGCACUGCUAAUGCAAUGAUCAAACAGUUACUGUUUCGUUAUCAAGGCAACAUUGGAGCUGCUUUGGUAUUAGGAGGUUGUGAUCUAGAUGGACCACAUUUAUAUUGCAUUUUUCCACAUGGGUCAACAGAUAAACACAUGUAUACUAGCAUGGGUACAGGAUCAUUAGCUGCUAUGGCUAUAUUUGAAAGUAGAUGGAAACCAGACAUGACAGAAGAGGAAGCUAAAGAACUUGUAGCAGAUGCUAUUCGCGGCGGUGUGUUCAAUGAUUUGGCUUCUGGUUCCAACGUAGAUCUGUGUGUAAUACGUAAGGGUUCCGUUGAUUAUUUAAGACCUUACGAUAUUGCUAAUGUAAAGGGCGAACGUCAAAUAUCUUAUCGAUACAAGCGUGGUACUACCGCUAUAAUUAAUAAAACAGUUCGUCCUAUAAUCGUAGAGGAGGAAAGUAUUCGUAGAGUUGCAGAAGAACCAAUGGAUACGUCAUCUUGAAAUGUGCAUAAAAUGAUUCAAAGUUUAAGUCCGAAUGAUAUGUGAAUUUUCAACAAAUAAAGUCUUA